UAAACACGAUAUUUUUGUUGUUAUAAGUCAUACUGUGUGCCGUUUAUCGUUAAUGAAGAGUGAGAAAAAUGGGAAGGGAGUUAUGGGUUUCUCUGAGACAUUCCAUGUUUCCUAUAAAUUAUAAUUCUAACACUUUUAUCAGUAGCAGAAGAAGAAGAGGGUUUCGUUUUUCUGUAAUCAAGAAUUACAAACACUAUGAUUUCCAAGAUUUUCAGGGCUAUGCAAGACCCUCUCGCCUUUUAGAAGCCACAGAACCAAAAGUUUGCACAGAAAUCUCACAGGAAAAAGAUAGUCCAACUUUGAAGGUGGGUGGGUCUCGGUCUCUUUUCAAGGUUAAGCUACAGACAAGUAACGCCUAUGGGUCAAGCCUUAGCGAUCAGAAUGCUGGAAUACUCUUAUGUUUAAUAGACACAAAUGGUGACUCUAUAUUGCAGAGGAUUCCUAUGAUUUUGAAGUCCAACUCUGCAGAACCCUUGAACGAGGCAGGGUGCAAUGUAGUUCAUUUCCAAAGAGGUUCUGUUGAUGAAUUCACUUUCGAGGGACCAAAACUGGAACGAAUUGAAGCUCUUUGGGUCAGCAUUGAAUCAGGUCAGUGGAGAUUAGGUGAUCUGAGCCUGACAGUCAUUAGCCCUUGCCAAUCUACAUCAGAAGAAACAAUUCAGUUUACUGCUUUCGAGUAUGAAUUUCAAGUUGAUGACAUUUUACUUGGAGACCAGAGUGAAACAUCUGUAGUGGAGCUGAGACCCAGCCUUGUCUCAGAAUUUUCCGGGGUUGAUCCGUACAACUUGUUUUUCUCAACCUCUACCAAAUCAACAUCUAUGAAGAUUUCGAAUGAGGAAAGCAUGAGAGAGUAUGCAGAUCUAAAAAUAUCCUUAUUAUCUUAUGAUGCUGCUCUAAUUUUUGUUGGUACAAUAAUAGCAAAUUUCGCAGCCGGUGAAAAUUCAGGUUUUGCAUUCUUCAUUGGUGGAAUUUGUGGAUUCUCAUAUUUGUUACUACUGCAAAGGUCUGUUGAUGGGUUACCAGCUUCACCGCCCACAUCCGGGAAUGAUCAGCUAAAUAGAGGAGGGUUCAAGGGGAUAGUAUUUGGGUUGGCAUUGGCAGUAGGAUUUACCGCUCUUGCCGUGAAAUAUGGCUAUGGAGAUUUCGAGAUGAUGGUUACCCCUAAAGAAAUUUUGGUUGGAACAAUGGGGUUUUUGGCAUGCAAAGUUGCCGUGGUGCUAGCUGCAUUUAAGCCUAUUUCCAUGGAAUUGAACGAGAACGAAUGAUGCUUUGCCGUUUGUUCUGUGGAUUUUCUGUAGAAAAUAGAAAGUGCAUAUGUAUAUAUGUAUAGGGCCAAAUCCAUGUAGAGGCCCCUCUACUUUACACUUUUUUUUCUUUGGGUCCUUAUACUUCAUUUUUGUAUUAUCUGGUCCCUCUACUUACCUGUUUUUUAUUUUCAAAUCAUUUUUGAGUUUUUUCCAGUCCUUUUGUGUGACUGGAGGAAAAACAAAUUGUAAGUAGAGGGACUGGAGGAAAAAAAAUUGAAAGUACAGGGACUGAAAAAACUCAAAAAGGACCUGAAAAUCAAAAAUAUAUAAGUAGAAGGACCAGAUAAUACAAAAAUAAAGUAUAAGGACCUACGGAAAAAAAAGUAUAAAGUGUAGGGAUCUCUACAUGGGUUAAGCCUAUAUGUAUAUACAACAUGAAAAAAGAUUGAAAUAUAGAAAAACAGUACAUAUUUUCUUGUUUUGGACACUAUUAACUGAAAAUGUAUGCUAUGGAAGCUCGUAAACUUUUUCUUC